CCUUUUUCAUCAGUUGCCAAAACUAAUCUUAAACCAUUUUAAACUAGAAUACUAAAGUGCGUCUGUAAAAUGAACCAGGUUUGGGUGUUCUUUAAACUCAUCGAGGUGUUGCUGGGCAGUGUUUGCAUGUUUUUCCACAUACGCGGCUCAUCCUACUGGCCAGAGCGUACUCCACAUAUGAUCCUAUACUGUGCCACAUUUUCGUCCUUCACGGCGCUCGCAGCUCUAGGCGCGUUUCGACUGGUGCUGGCUAGGAGUACGGUGCUGUCCUCCCAGCUCCUGCUCACACUGAGCGCCGUGCUGUCGCACUACAUUUGCGGCGUACUGAUAAUGCGCACCGCCAUGCUGGACCCUCACCUGCCUUUCAUCAAUUCUACCAUCGAGUACCUGGAACAUCCGCACUUUGCGCACUGCAAGAGGCAGAGCAUCGCUGCACUGGUUACUGGCACCAUGUACUUGAUGCACAUGUUCCACGUUUUCGACCUGCUGAUGCGCAUGGAACCCGGCGACUGGAAACGUCAGGCGACUGGCCGUAAGUACUUCGAGGGAACAGAGUCUGGUUCAACUGGGCUGUUUGUGCUUUCCAAGCCAGUGGACGACUUUCUAUGCAAAUGCUGCAGCUGCUAUUAUAAGUUGGCCAAUUCUCAGAUCCUGUACUUCCGGCCGAACGCGGAGGUGGAGCAGCCGCACUUUAUAGCCCGCAUGUGGCAGUUCAUUGGGGAUGCGCGUAAAAAGUUUUUUUCGCUGCAUCAGAUCGAGAGUGACGAGAGUUUUUUAUCCACACCGACCAUAACCACCAGUGAAUCGGAUAUCACACCAGUGGUCACGGAGUACAGUGUGUACAUGGAAGAGCAGGCCAAUAAGCUGCGCCGAUCAGCUUCAGUCUGGCGCGGCUCCAGCGAUUCCUCGAGCUUGUGGGCCAAAAUCGAGGACAGGAGCACUGUGAGCAUCGUUUCAAAUCGGUCAAGUGAGAGCAGCGAGGCCACAGUGAAACCCAUUCAAAUGGAUCGCAAGGUAGCCCGGCGAUCUUCCAUGUGGGCGGACACCGAGAAAAGGGAGAAGUCGGAGAUUCUGCUGGUAGAACAGGGCUCUAGCUAUUCUCGGCUCAGAACUUUAAGCAAUGCCGAAUUGGCCCAUAAGCCAAGCGAUGCGGAAGAAAAGGAACAAGUUCAAGAUGCACCCAACCCCGAAUGGAACUAAGCAAACUUAGAAAACUUUGUAAAUUUGAAGAUUUCCCUCUACAAAAAUUGUAGCUAUUAAAAUUUUGACUUCGAUUA